AUGGCAGGGCCGGCCCGAGGGGUGAUGAACCAGCACGUCACAGGGACCCGCACAUCACAGGGACCAGCACGUCACAGGGACCAGCACAUCACAGGGACCAGCACGUCACAGGGACCAGCACAUCACAGGGACCAGCACGUCACAGGGACCAGCACAUCACAGGGACCAGCACAUCACAGGAACCAGCACGUCACAGGGACCAGCACAUCACAGGGACCAGCACGUCACAGGGACCAGCACAUCACAGGGACCAGCACAUCACAGGGACCAGCACAUCACAGGGACCAGCACAGAAACAUCAGCUUUGAGAAGUAUCUGCUGCUGAUGGUGGAUUCAAGUCACGUCUGA